UUUGCCAACUACAAGAAAAGCUGAGAGGUGGUGGAAAAAUAUCCGAGAGUUCAAUCUCGAAAUUCCAACCAAUUUAGAGAUUGAACUUUCAUGAUUUCUUGUUGAACGUUCAUUACAUCUUGUUGCAAUCUUUCUUUUUGUCCCAGCUAUUAAACCAUCUUUUUCUGUUGAUCGGAAUAUUUGGGACAGACGAGAAAAAUGUCGUUCAGCGGAACCCAACAGAAAUGCAAGGCUUGUGAUAAGACCGUUCAUUUCAUUGACCAGUUAUCUGCUGAUGGUAUUGCCUACCAUAAGACCUGCUUCAAAUGCAGUCAUUGCAAUGGACAACUUUCGAUGAGUAGUUAUUCAUCCAUGGAUGGAGUUUUAUACUGCAAGCCUCAUUUUGAGCAACUCUUCAAGGAGACUGGAAGCUUUUCUAAGAAAUUUCAGACGUCUGGAAAGUCACAAAAUGAACUGACUAGGACCCCUAGCAAAUUGUCCUCCAUGUUCUCUGGGACCGUAGACAAAUGUGCUGUAUGCAACAAAACUGUGUAUCCACUAGAGAAGGUUACCAUGGAGGGAGAUUUUUACCACAAAUCAUGCUUUAGGUGUAACCAUGGGGGUUGCUUCCUCUCACCAUCAAACUGUGCUGCUCUGGAUGGCAUUCUAUACUGCAAGCACCACUUUGCCCAACUGUUCAAGGAGAAGGGCAGCUAUAGCCACCUUACCAAGACUGCUUCACUAAAGAAAAAUGGAGCUACAUUGCCGGAACCAAAACCUGAGGAAUCGCAACCAGAACCAGCAGAAGAAACAGAAGCAAAACCAGAAACAGAAGUAGCACAAGAGACGCAAGAUUCAGCCCCACAAGAGCAAUCAUGAAAAUGUACACCAGCCAAUGACAUGUUCCAUUAAGCUUGUGGUUUUGGGAUUUUUAAAAGCAGGUCCAGAGGGAUUCGAUAACUGUGCCAUUUUCAAUCUUUUUCAUCAAAUGCCUGCUGAAGGGAAACAUAUAGAUUAAGCUUUUCUUUGUAGAAAAGAGCAUUUGAAUUAAUGUCUAAUGAAAUUGUAAAGCAUGUUCAAUUGUGAAUUUCAAUACAUUUAAACUGAAUGAAACUUAAUUCUGU